AAAACAAACGAACCUGAACGGAUUGCGGCGGGAUCAGAUCCGAUCUGGAGAUCAGAUCCGAUGUGGAGAUCAGAUCCGAUCCAGUCAGUGUUCAGGAAUGAAACCCAAAAGCCAGUGACGUUGCGUGACGUCACGCCGCAACGGAGAGCGGAACGGACAUUGCGGAAUAAAACACUCUCCGCGCGCCAGUUACGGUCAUUACGGUGCUCUUAUCUGAGACGCUCGCACGCGCAUAGGUCUGUGGAACGCGGCUCGAGCUACUUCUCAAACCGGUUUAGUUUGUUUUGGUAACCUAAUCUGAUAAGUAUGGGUUUGGGCUUGGCCGCGCGCGGGUUUAAAGCUGCGCUGACCGCUGCGAGCUGGAGAUACACCGGUCUGAGGGCUUACUGCGCGCGCAUGGAGACCAGGGGGCUGCUGUUCCGACAGCUGUUCGAGUCUGAGAGCAGUACGUACUCCUACCUGCUGGCAGAUGUGGAGAGCAGGGAGGCCGUGCUGAUCGACCCGGUGCUGGAGACGGUGGAGCGAGACCUGAAGCUCAUUGACGAACUCGGCCUCAAACUCAAAGUAGCCGCGAACACACACUGCCAUGCGGACCACAUCACGGGCAGUGGGCUGCUGAAGCAGAGAGUCUUUGGUCUAAAGAGCGCCAUCUCUGUUCACAGUGGAGCUGCUGCGGACAUCAUGCUGACCGAGGGAGACAAAAUCACUUUCGGCAGACAUAGUCUGACCGUGAGAGAGACGCCGGGUCACACCGACGGCUGCAUCACAUAUGUGACUGGAGAUCAGUCGAUGGCCUUCACCGGUGACGCGCUACUCAUCCGUGGCUGUGGCAGAACUGACUUCCAGCAAGGCUGCUCAAAGAAACUGUAUGAAUCUGUUCAUCAGAAGAUCUUCACUCUGCCUGGAGACUGUCUCGUCUACCCAGCACACGACUACAAAGGACAGACCUUGUCAACGGUGGACGAGGAAAAGAAAUUCAAUCCUCGACUGACUAAAUCACUGGAGGAGUUUGUCAAAAUUAUGGACAAUCUAAAUCUUCCCAAGCCUGCAAAAAUAGACAUCGCCGUGCCUGCAAACUUGGUGUGUGGCCUUCAUGAGGUUUGAUCUCUAGAUGGCUGUGAAGCAUCUGAUGCCAGGUCACUUUAAUGCCCUUAACUGCUGAAUAAGAUUAGAUUGUGUUUCAAUCUCAAGCAGAUUGUGUUUUUAUGUAUUGUAUGAAUAAUCUUAAUGGGACCUCCUGCUUCUCUGCUCCUGAUUUUAAGACAUACAGUAAGAACCGCAUUUGACAGUAUCAUACAAAGUAUCGAAGUGUAAAAGAUUACAGUGCAUGCUGAAAAUAAAUAAAAGGUGUUUAAACCACA